GUUUCCGUUUUUGUUCAGAGGAGGGCAGGGAGCGGCGUCGCUCCUCCGAGGACGUGGACCUGCGGGCCCUGUUAGCGGAGCCAGCCGACGACGCGCAGGACAACAGCGAGAAAAUGAAUCUGAUGAUAGCGCAGGCCGACGAGCAACUCAACAACGGCACCCUCAACAUGACCGAGUACAAAACCCUGCUCAGACAGGUGGUGCAGAUAAACGAGGCGAGCAAGUUGCGCGAGGCGCAGCGCAGAGACGAGCAGGAGAAUUGGCAGGGGGGCGGCUCCCCCUGGCAGGACGAAGACUCGAGAGAUUCUGGAAAGGCCAGUCCUGAGGACCAAAACGCCAGAGAAGGCACUGACAGACGACCCAGGAGAAGUAAUAAUUCUUUUUUAGUUAUUCAAGGUGAAGGGUUUUCACCUGUCUAA